GUAGGUGCCAGCCUUCUGAUCAGCUGUCUCGCUAGGUUGCAAAUUCCUGACGAAAAAUCAGCCGUCCGAAGCACUCUGAAUGUGGUCCUGUUCCGCCGAAACUGAAGCCCUAAACCACACAGGUUCUACAUUCAUCGUAUCCGCUCCCGGGAAAGUCAUACUAUUCGGGGAACACGCGGUUCUUUAUGGUUAUCCAGCUAUUGCAGUCUCCAUCGACCUUCGUUGUUACUUCUCAACCACGAUUGCAAAGUGUGAAUCGCGUGUACCGUCUAUAGAGAUAAGGUUUUGCAACCUGUCAAACAUUCCAGUGGUAAUCAACAAUCCAGUUCAGCACAUACCUUCACCACAACUCACUUCCAAACAACUGGUGUACAAAGCUUGGAAAAUGGUGUCCACCGUCUCAGGGGAAUCGAAGCUCUCCGCUGCCGCGACAUCCCCAAUGGCAUCUAGUGCCUGUAUAUUUCACUAUUUAUUGUCACGCAUUUUACAACGAACAACAAAGUGUCCAGGACCAUUACUCCUCUCUAAUCACACUGCGCGAAUCGAUGUGAAUUCCGACAUCCCUGUUCAGGCCGGUUUGGGUUCCUCGGCGGCCUUCUGUGUGUGUGCGACGGUAACACUACUUUCCCUAUGCGGUCUGCUUCCUUUCGGGUCAACUCGGAUGUUAACGUACAAUGAACAGGAAUUAGUCAAGUCCUUGGCGCACGAAGCGGAAUCUAUUGUUCACGGCACACCUUCCGGAAUUGAUACAGCUAUUUGCGUUCAGGGCGGGGGAAUCUGUUUCACUCGGAACGGAGACUCUACCACUAUCACGAAGCUGUUUGCUCCACCUGGAUUCAUGCUGCAUUUAUUGAUAGUGAACAGUAAGGUUAGUCGGUCGACUGCGGCUAUCGCUCGCUCCGUGGCAGAAACUCGUGCAUUCGAGGCCGACCGAGUAGACCAGAUAAUGAGGGACAUUGGCGAUGUUGUCCAGACGGCUUUGGACGUGUUUUCUGGUAGUCAACCGACUUCGAUGCUUGGCCCACUGGUUUCGAAGAAUCACCAGCUGCUUGUAAAUCUUGGCGUUUCUUGUCCACAACUGGACACUAUUGUCAGUGAGCUCAGCAGUUUGGGUCUAGCAGCAAAGAUCACGGGUGCAGGUUGCGGUGGAUGCGUCUUCGCUAUUACGAACGAAUCAGAUCGGAAUUCUACGGAUCUGUUCCAGCAGGCUGUACGACGAUUGCAAGCACGUGGAUUCUGGGCGACUACGGUAGCUGCAUUUUCCAGAGCUGUGCUCAUACAGACCGAUGGGGGUGAAGACAUUCGCCAAUCAAUUUCGAACUCAUGACAUAGUCUGGCGUGUUCAGUCAUUUCAUCCUUUGAUUUAUCCCGUCACCAGCAACGUGAUACUUUCUCACUGAGAUUUUGUUGAUACUAUCUUCGAAAAAACUCGUCCCAUAGUUUGCUUGCAAAGAUUAGGAUAGUGACAAGCAGGGAUCCGUUCCUCGAGCCAUUCGGAUGCUUGCUUUCACAAUGAGAUAGUCUAUGUAGUACACACUCACCGCGGUACUUAACUGUACACAAUAUCCAUGCCUAUGAACAUGGUGUAAAUGCAGAUUCAAACUUGCUUCUAAUCCGUC